ACUUUGUGGUGUCACAUGCUAAACUGUUCGGCCACAUUGACAACAAUGGAGGUUAGACCGAAGAGAGGCAGGGGAGGCAGUUGGAGAAGAGGUGGCCGGGGUGCAAACGACAGCGACAGUUUUGGCGGUGAACCCCGGGGCAGAGGGAGAGGAGGCCGUGGCCGGAGUAAAAGAGACCACUACCGCGGUCGUGGACGUGGGGGAAGCGCCCAUGCAGCGGAAUUCCAGCACCGGGAUCAAGAUGAAGGGGACAACUUUCAGGGGGAAGGCGACCGGAUGGAGGUGUUCUCCAGGAGGAAACUGGAGUCAAACUGGGACCGUUAUGAGGUGUCAGAGAGGCCGGAGCCUGAUGAUGACACGCCCACACAGAGAGGAACAGACUACCACGUCCUGUUGGGGUCAGCAGGGGAUUCGUUCACUCAAUUCCGGUUUUCAGAAGAAAAGGACUGGGAGAUGGACUCAUCUGCAGCCAGUCAGAUGUCUGCCGUGUUUGUGGACCUCCCAGCCCUCGCUCAGAUCCUUCAGCAAGUGCCCCUCCAUCAGAGACUCAACCUGGAGGCUGAGCUGCAUCAGGUCUCUACUCCAGUAGAGCUGCCCACUAUGGCCAUCGCACCUAAACAGGAAGUGCCCAAAACAGCCACAUUCACUCCUCCGUCUGCACCUUUCAAAGUCCUCAGCACCAACCAGAAAGUCCCCACGGCUUCAAACCCAGCGUCGGGCUCCGACUCGCAGGUUUCCUCGAGCGCUGCAGAGCCGGCGGUGGAUGAGGAUGGCGACGAAGAGCUGGACCUGCUGCUCGGUUUACAGAAACCAGUCUCGGGUGUUUCAGGAAACCAGUCCGUCAGUGUCGCCGACGAAGAGAGUGCAGUUCCAGGGAAAGCCUGUAAGGAAGUGAAGGAGGUGGUACCAGAGGUGAUAGAAAAGAAGAUGGAGACGAAAGACAAAGACAUUACAACUCCGAAGUCUGCUUCCGUCAGGCAGGAAAUGAGCGAGGAGGACCUGGAGAACUGGCUCGACAGCAUGAUCUCCUGACCACCAAGCACCAAGGAAAGGACUUGAUUAAAGAUAGAAGAUGUAUAUAAAAAAAAUUGGACUUUGGUUUUGAAUUCAACCUUGGAAACCAAUUAUAAAGUUUACAUGCUGGACAGAUGUUUGUUAAGGACUUGAAAGUUGGAUUUCACUUUCACCUGGCCUCUGCUUUAUACUGAUUAACAAGUGGCGGUCAUAUAUGUUUAAAGGUAUAAAAGACAGUUCAUGUUUGUGAUAAUGUGUCCAAAUGUUCCUGCUGCACGUUUCAGAGGAAAAAUUCUGUUCGUAAAAGUUACACAGCACCGUCGGAGGAACUCAGCUGAAAUAAAGGGACGGACAGAUAGUGAAA